UGCUCCCCUCGGCCGGCCCGGCAUGACGCUGCGGCGGCGCCCCGGAGGCGGCGGCGGGCGCUGGGUGCCGGCCGCUCUGGCCGCGCUCCUGGCCCUGCGAGGUAUGGUGUGUCCUCUGGAGGUGUCAGUCAGUUCAGGGAGUAUCCAAGUUGCCCGAGGCCAGACAGCAGUAUUGCCCUGCACCUUCACCACUAAUGCUGCUCUCACUAACCUUAAUGUCAUCUGGAUGGUCACUCCUCUUUCUAACGCCAACCAGCCUGAACAGGUUAUUCUCUACCAAGGAGGUCAGAUCUUUGGUGGUGCACCCCAAUUCUAUGGGCGAGUGGGGUUUGCUGUGACAAUGCCAACCACCAGUGCCUCCAUCUUCAUCAACAACACCCAGCUAUCGGACACUGGCACAUACCAGUGUUUGGUCAACAAUCUUCCCGAUCGAGGCAGCAGGAAUAUUGGAGUCAUUGGACUCACUGUCUUGGUUCCUCCUUCUGCCCCACUUUGCAGAAUCCAAGGGUCCUUGGAAGUGGGCAGCGAUAUCACACUGACCUGCAGCUCGGAAGAAGGCAUCCCCCGGCCAACAUACCUCUGGGAGAAACUGGACAAUGUUCCCAAGUUGCCCCCAACUGCCACACAAGACCAAGUCCAGGGCACUGUCACUCUCCGAAAUAUCAGCACUGUGUCCUCAGGUCUUUACCAAUGCGUGGCUUCAAAUGCCAUUGGAACCAGCACUUGCCUUCUGGACCUGCAAGUCAUUGCACCCCACCCAUGGAGCAUCGGCCUGAUUGCUGGAGCAGUGGCCACAGGUGCUGUCGUGCUUAUUGUCUGCAUUGUGUUGGUGGCCAUAGCACUGUUUUACUGGAAAAAUAAACACAAAGAAGAAGAAGAAGAGGAGAUUCCCAAUGAGAUAAGGGAGGAUGACCUGCCACCCAAAUGCUCCUCCACCACCAAGACAUUCCACGCUGAUGCAUCCUCAUCGGAGAAUGACACCCUCACCUCCUCCAACACCUACAACAGCCGCUAUUGGAAUGAUCCCAAGGCCAAUCAUGCCACAGACUCCUUCACCCGCUUCAGCAACAGUAAUGAUGCCCGCCAGCCGCCCUUCUCCCGCUCAGGGAGCACAAGCGCUCGCCCUGUCUACGCCAAUGGUGGCCACCCCUCCCCAGCUGCCCCUAAGACGCUGGUGGUGACAGCCAGCACGGCGCCAUCCCCACAGGAGGUGGCCCGGAGCAAUGGCUCGGUCAGCAGGAAGCCUCGGCUUCCACACACCCGCUCCUACGCUGUCAGCCAGGCCACACUGGAGCGGAUUGGGGCUGUUCCUGUCAUGGUGCCCGCCCAGAGCCGGGCUGGCUCGCUUGUGUAGGGGCACACUGGCGGCUGAGAGCUGAGCAAGGGCCUUGCAUACCAGGGGAGCAAAGACAUGGCUGAGAGACCCUACUCCUUCCUGAAAGGCAGUGAGGUGGAGGUAGGCCUCCCAAGGCCGCUGCCAGCCAUUGGGGCAGCUCCAGCCAUGCUGCAUUGCCCCCCAGCUGUUGGGGCUCCACCAUGGACGCCACAGAUGUGCCAAGGCCACAGGGCAUGGAGGGCCCUCCCUGGCUGCUGGGCCCUGGCUGGGACCCCCUCCCAGCCUAGCCUCAGGGCUUUUGCUUUUGUUUCCAAUUUGUUUUGUUGGGGCUCAUUUCUAUUCAUUUGGGUCUUUCAGGGAGGUUUGGGAAGAUAUAUAUAUAUAUAUUUUUUCUGUUGUUGUUGUUUUAUUUCUAAGAGGACAACAACCAGUGUGGGGCAGAGGAGGCUGAAAGGGGAGGGGUGCCAGGUAAGGUACACCUUGUCAUGGAGGCUGUGACCCCCUCUCUGCCUCCUAGCCCCACUGAUGGAUGAAAAAGAUUGUUGGGAUGGGGACAGCCACGAAGAGGCACCGGCCGAGCUGGAGGGGCAAGCUAGCAGCACAGCCACCAGCCAAACCUUGGGGAAGGCUGGGCAAGGGCAUGGGCCAGGGAGUGGGUUUUUUUUUUUUUUUGCGGUUCUUCCCCUCAGCCCUGACACACACAUACACACACACACACACGCAUGCACGCACAGGUACUCCUCAGGCUGGGUGUUUUUCAGCUGCUGCCAGAGCCCUGUUUAUGGCUGUGGAGAGUGCUGCUGUCUGGGCCUCUGUCCCUGAGAAGCUCUGUGCAAAGCAAGGGCACAUUGCUGCUGCAGGCCCCAUGGCUUUUAUUGGGUGUUACUGGAGUUAUUUUGGAGGCAGAGUCCUGAGCAGAGCCUGCUACACCUGGGCUACACCUCUUAUGUGGAGUGAGGGGCUUCAGACCCCUCAGCUUUGGUGUUUGCAUGGUGAGUUUCCCUUACUGGGCUGACUAGAGGGCUUCCCUGCACAGCAGGGCACAUGUUUGCUUGGGGUCCUCACACAGAGGCACCAUAGUUUUCGUUCCCUCUCUCCCACACAUGCAAACUUCCCAGAUGCUGAGUUUGGCAGGAUUUAUUUCCAAAUCCUUUUCCUUAGAAAGAGUGAAAGCAGGGACUCAGUGGAGGAUGUAACUCUGUGGAAGCCCACGUGCUGUAGCUCUGCCUUCCCUACUUCCCGCACUGGUACUUAUGGCACCUGCUGAUGGAUCAUCCUUACAGCUGGAGGGUGACUGUGGCUGGCGCCUGUCCUCUUACUUCUUCUAUUCCAACUAAAUAGCCUUAAUCAAAGCCAAGAGUUGAAACCGCUCAAGGGACCUGAUGCCAUUGGAGGGAUGGACUAAGGGCUUGGACUUUUCCGCCUGAGAGAGCCCUGGCUCAGCGGAGCCAUGUCUGGAUGGGUACUCCCAACCUCCUGCAUAACACCAAGCCUUGCACAUAUAAAGGCAGUGGUCACCUCCAAAAGUACCAGAGACCUUCCAGAUCAGAUCUGCUCUUGGAAAAAGCAACUUGAGAGCUCACAGGUAAAUUUCUGUAGCUCUCACAUUGAAAAAAGGGUCAGUUUAAGCCAAGAGACUUCCUCAUCCCCCUUUCCUUGCCAUGGCACGGCUUUACUUUCCUUAGCAGUGCACAAACCUUAGGCAGGGCCUUCUGCCUGAGCUGUACCUUUCAAAUGCAAGCACAUGCUCUGAGAAGGCGGAGAGUUGAGAGCUGGGUUCCCACGUGGACACACUUACUUUUGGGGAGGUUGUGAGCUCCUGGGCAGCAGUAGGCUUGAAGCUUGGCUGAGAUUUUGUGCCUUCUUUGCUUAAAAUAAAGAAAAAAAAAAGAGAAAAAGAAAAAAAAAAAGAAAAAAAAAUCCAGCCUCCCUUUCUUCCCUGUCCUACACAACUCCAUCCAAGAAUGGGUGCAAACCACUGUGGUGGCACAGACAGGGAGUUGCUGUGUGUACACACGUUCCAGAGGAGCAGUCCUCUUCCCUACCUCUCUUUUCUGCUGUGUGGUAGGACUGACUGGGGGAAGAAGGGUCACUUUUGAAACCCUGAUGUGGGAAGGGAAGAAAAAGCAUUCAAAGAAAAGCCCAGACGCAUUCUCUCUGCUUUGGAAACAAUCCCUGUGUGACAUUUACAGGAACACUGCCCUCAGCAGGCCCUCUCCUCUAGUGGGAAAGCUCUUCUCGUUCCUACCGUCCAUGAGACUGUUUGCUCCUCUUUCUUUGUUCUUUCUAAUUGUAUAAAAUUCAAUAAAACUUUAUUCAUAUAAAAAAAGGACUUUCUACUGCUUGCCACUGCUUCCCCUUUCCCUUAAUUCUGUAGCUACGAUGAAUUUGGCUGUUAGUACUCAUCCUCGAUACGGCUGUCAGUAAGCAGUGACCAUGCAACCAUGACCUGACUCUUCUUAGGCCAGCCAGUUUGGCAGUGCACCCUGCUAUUACAGCCUUGUUUUGCUCAUUCAUAAUAAUCUGACACCUUGCCCUUGAAGGUACCAUUUCCCAGGCUUGCAAGAUCUCUGCUUCCCUAGACAAAGGUGAGUUCUAUUUUUUGUCAUUCAGGAGAUGGGGAUCCUUUGUACUGCUUUGAGUGUUGUGGGAAAAUGUUUUUAAAAUUCGGCUACCUUUUGUCAUGUUAGUUUUCUAGUAAGUCCCUCUCUGACUUUCGUGGGCUUCUGAAUAUAUUUGAUUGGAGAAACUAUCAGGAGUUUAACUAAUGUUCUGAGCACCAUGGGUAGAGCAUUCACACUUCCAGGGCAUAAGGGGACUGGAAAGCACACACCUUUUGGUAUCAAUAGCUGCUAGCAGAAGGUUAUUAUUAGGGCAGUCUGAUGUUUCACCAUUUUUUUCAUCUGUGCAUUUUUUUUCUCCGUGUUUCAUUUUCCCUUCUUCUCUAAACUCCUCCAGAUACUCUGAGAAUGAUUAUUUAAACCAGAAAACUACAGAUCCAACAGCAAUGUUAAUUCAGCCCUGCUGCCCUGCUGCACACAUAUCUUGCUCUCAUUCCAUGGUAUUUUUCAAUAUCUAGUUUUAAAUACUCCUUUGAAUGUGUUUUCAGCUGUUGGCUUUACAUGAUGAGGUGACUGCAUUGCCAUUUUGGGAAAGUUGCUGUAGGAAUCUUAAUGUUUGCAUUUUUCAUCUUUUGAUUGUGCAACCUUGGUGUGACAUUAAUAGUGCCUUUGCAUUUUAUUCCCAUGAUAGUCUUGUCAGUAUUCUGCUUUCCUAUCCAUUCCUUGCCACUGGCUUGCCCUUCACAUCAUUUCUCCGUGCAUCUCUGUCUAUUGAUCUAUAGCAGAAUUUCCCAAGAUAGAGGACAAUUUACUAUGUUUUUGCAGCACCUAGUGUGCUGGUGUCUUAGCUCUAAGUUGUACCAAAUGAGGCAUUGCUGUAAUACAAAUUUCUAGCUAAA